CAGGUUUCAAGAAAGCAAGCGCAAGGGGGAUUUGGGGUCAGUUUAUCAGAUCUGUGCCUUAAAACGAGUUGCUUUUGCUGAACGUUGUGAGUAUCCUAUCUGCGAGUUAUCGUACUAAUCUGUUAAUAGGUCUUCCAGUUUUAAGUCAGGGGGGUCUAUUAAAAAGACGACAAGAACAGCAUCAUCAUCCACAGCAGUGCAACAAGUUUUGGGAGCGGCCAUACAGGCGGCGGGAUCCGUCACAGGUUGUAUAGCGCCUUUGACAGUGGGAAGGCGUCCCGGCGUCGCGCUUGUCGCCUGUUUAGAGUAACUGUGCUCUGGCCAUAACCCGCUGGGUCUGACAAUCAAAACAGUCCUGCUGCUCUCGCUACAUGCCGAGUGCAUGUGACUCUGCGUUGCCCAGCAUUCAGCAUGAAGCUUGCGGAGACGAGAGAGGACCCGAGGUGCGCUGAAAACAUGGAGAAGACAGCGGAGACUUACAAGCCACAGUACUGCUGCGGCACCUUCGUCAACGUCCUGGCGUGCUUGUUUUCUUUUGUUUCCUUUGCAUACUGUAUUUUAUUGAGUGUGCAGACAUCUGAGAUCAAAACAAGGGUGGCGGAAUUGGAAACUGGGAAUGGGGAGCUUCUGUAUCAUCAGGUUCCCGGGUUCUCCAUGGAUCAGUUUAAUUCUCUGAUACAACAGAGAGUGGAUGAACUUCUGUCUCAGCGAUCUUAUGAACAUCUGACCAAGAUAAGGACUGUCCGUGAAGCGCCACCUGACUGCAACUGUCCACCAGGUCCUCCGGGGAAGAGAGGAAGACGAGGCAGGGAUGGGGAGAAUGGACCACCUGGUCCUCCUGGUCUAAAGGGUGACAAGGGGGAUCAAGGAGACCAGGGCCCGCGGGGUCUGCCUGGCCUUCCCUCACUGGCGGCUUUGCACAGCAAUCAGAUCCUGACCGUCAAGAUGGUCUUCCCUAAGAUCAAUCAUGGCUUUCUUUCCGCUGAUCAGCAGCUCAUAAAACGCCGGCUGAUUAAGGGAGAUCAGGGUCAAGCUGGCCCUCCUGGGCCUCCUGGCCCCCCAGGUCCACCUGGCCCCAGGGGACCCCCGGGGGACACCGGCAAAGAUGGCCCCAGAGGAAUACCAGGGCUUCCGGGUGACCUCGGAGCCUCGGGAGAAACGGGCCCAAUGGGACCUGAGGGACCGCCGGGGCCCAAGGGCUCUUUUGGCUCUCCAGGAAUUCCAGGUGCUGAUGGACAGAAGGGAGAGACGGGCUUCCCUGGAAUCGAUGGGACCCCUGGUGUCAAGGGUGAAAUGGGAGAACAGGGUGAAAAGGGCGACAUGGGCGAAGACGGGCUGAAGGGUGAGGUGGGCGAGAAGGGGGAUGCAGGAUCGUCUGCUGCUGGCAUUAAGGGCGAACCUGGAGAGCCAGGCCGCGUGGGACUAAAGGGAGAACCAGGACUCCCAGGCCUGCCCGGACUUCCCGGGAUCAAGGGUGAACCCGGAUUCCUAGGACCUCAGGGAGAACCAGGUUUGCCAGGGCUGCCAGGAACUAAGGGUGACCGAGGGGAAGCAGGCCCACCAGGAAAAGGUGAACGGGGCGAAACUGGACCCAAGGGGCAGAAGGGGGUGCAGGGAGAAUCUGGGACUCCAGGUCACAAAGGGUCGAAGGGGGACACUGGAGAUAAAGGAGAGUUGGGCUCCAUGGGACCACGGGGUCCACCUGGGCAGAAAGGUGACCAAGGAACCACGGAGAUCAUUGAUUACAAUGGAAACAUCCAGGAAGCUUUGCAGAAGAUUACCACUAUUACAGUAACGGGUCCGCCAGGGCCAGCUGGACCCUCAGGGCCGCCGGGGAUCAAGGGGGAGCAAGGUCCAGCUGGACCUCCGGGUUUGGAUGGGGAGCGGGGAUUGAAAGGUUCCAAAGGGGACACAGGAAUUUCCGGAGCGACUGGAGAGAAAGGGGCCCUUGGCCUGCCUGGCAUGCCGGGUGUUAAUGGCUUGAAAGGAGAAAAGGGUGAUCUUGGCCUGACAGGUCCACAAGGUCCCUCAAUCAUAGGCCCUCCUGGACCCCCUGGCCCCCACGGCCCCCCAGGCCCCAUGGGUCCCCAUGGGUUUCCUGGAGCAAAGGGAGAACCUGGUUUGCAUGGUAUGAAGGGGAUGCGUGGGGAGCCAGGCCAAAAGGGUGACCGGGGAUCCCUGGGCCUCCCUGGGGCGUCCGGCUUGGACGGCAAGCCUGGAGUCAGGGGAAUGGAUGGGCCUGCUGGGCCCACAGGUCCAGCUGGGCCAAAGGGAGACCGGGGUGAAAAAGGAUCAUCCGGUGAACCUGGGCCCAGAGGACCCUACGGAUUACCUGGUACUGCUGGUUCACCAGGACAGGACGGGUUACCAGGCUUAAUGGGCGAGAAGGGAGACACUGGGGAGAAAGGAGAAAAGGGGGAGAAGGGAAAGAAAGGCAAAAAAGGGCCUAAGGGGGAGAAAGGAGAACAGGGUGCCCCUGGAUUAGAUGCACCCUGCCCAUUGGGUCCGGACGGGCUCCCGAUGCCGGGGUGCUGGCAGAAGUGAUGAAAUCUAACCGAAACGCAUGGAGUUUGUAAAUAACGCCUCAUUUUUUUUUUUUUUUUGUAUUUAUAGUUUUUUAAAUUGAACAUAAAGAUUAUAUGAAUAUAUAAAGAACGCUCAUGAAGUUUACACGUAGCUGCUUCUACUCACCUGACGUAACAAGUGUUUGUCUUACAUCGGCGUUUUGGAGUCGGGGUACUUGGGGCAACCGCCUGGGCCGUGCCAGUUACCAUAGCUAGCAUGAGCCAAGGGCAAGGACUAGACUGGAUGUUAAGACCAAAACGGACUUACAGGGAGUCAGGAAGAGACGCUGGAGGGACUGGACUAACUACCACAUGGGAUAACAGACAUUGUCAUUUGUUCAUCUCAAGCAUUCAUUUCAAGUUCUUCAUCCCUCCAUGCCACACUACCAGCUCAAAAGACUAAAACAUUCAUGCCAACAAAAAUACAAAAAAAAUGAGCAUGAGUACUGUGCCAAACUAGGCGAAUAUAUGUAUGGAUAUACAUAUUGCUUUGUGGUGUGAUCCUAUUUAUGGCUUUCGAAACACUAACUGGCUGACGGUUCAUUCCAGCUUACUUAAAACAGAAGUACAAAGCUCUGAGUUUGUGAUCUUUUUUUUUCCUUUUGUCAUCUUCCAAAGGGAGUCACACCUUGGCUGGUGGCUUGAACAGAUUUGAUCACCAGGCAAUAGAGACGGGUCAUUCUUUUUCUUUAUUGUGGCGAUGCCCUCAAAGUUGGAGAUGCACGCUCCCCCUGGGCCAGCUCUCGUGCCGUGCUGGGUUUGCCGAGGAGCCCAUGUCCACUUACAACACGGUGUUGCAAACAGCACCAGUCAUUGGCUUAGGAGGGAGAUGUGGGCGUUUCACAGCCCUGUGUACAGCCUAUCAGAGUGUGGACUAAGUUCAGCAUCGACUUGGACCAUCGCUCUUUGGGGAAAGAUAGGUAAAUGUACCCUCGAUGCAGAAUUCCUCAGUGAGGGAAAGAGGCGUGUCACAGGAUGAAGUCCACAGUCAUCUCUUCAGAUACCAAAUAGGCCUCUUCAAUGAACUUUGGUCUUUGCUGAGAUACCUGAGUUUGAAUGUAGGGGGAAACAUCAAUACAAUCUACUGAGAUGAUGUCAAUGGAACUAUUAUUUUAAAUGUCUUUUUUUGCCAUUGUUAUUGUUUGAAUUUUUUUGUUGUUCAUUCCCUUUGUUGGAAAUACAAAUAUUUUAACAUGCUUUGAGUAAUAAGUACAGUCUGAUUAUUGAAGAAUGAUAAUCUAGUUAUGUACAAUACUACAGUAUUAAACCACAGUUGUAUUUGGUGUUUUAUGUUAUGAACAAUUAUUAUUUUUUGUUUGUUCAUUUGACGUACUAAAUGUUUUCAGCAGAGAUAGUUCCCAUAUACGGUAAUUUACAUUGAUCAUGGAGACUGACAAGAAACAUAGAUUACAAACUUGUAUGGAUUUUUAUCAAAAGUAUAAUUGGAAAAAAAUAUUUUUCGCUGAAAUAUAAAAUAGUGUGUCGCAGUUAAUGCCAAGAGCUCCGCAUCUGAAUUUUGUUAAUCGCUACAAUUAGGAUUAAUCCAGCCUUUGUUCAUUUUGUCGCAGAGAAUGUGCAGACUAUCUUCAACGUUAGUGUGUAACUGUAUAGAGACGUCACUUUUAAGGAAUGAGGAAGAUUUCUGAAAAGCUAUUUUAUUUCCACAGUAUGAGUUUCAGUUUACUGCUUUGGAACACAAGGGAGAAGUUGACCUUGACCUUGCAGCAAGCCGAACAUUAUUUAGUUUUAUUUUUUUGCUGUCCAAAAUGCAAUUCCUGGCUUUACACCUACAGUAAACAAGAUUUCAACAGAAACUGUACAGUUUCAAAAAAUUGGUCCUUUGAAGGCUAGUUUAAAGCAGCGGAAGAAUGUAUUGCAUUAAUCACAGUUCUUUUCAUAUGUGAGGAAGUUGUGUCUCAAUAGCACAGUGUCAAAAUGGUCCACCAGACCAUUCUGAAUUAGGGGAUUUAAUCAAAGUUUCAAUGGUACAUUUUAAUGGUACAGUCUUUUUGGACAGCAACUGACAAGGGUCAGUCAGAGUGGGAUGUUAAUGGUAGAUAUUCCAUACAUUAAUAUUACUCCAGAGAGGACAAAAUUAAUCAAUUUAAUGAGUGGAUUUUGACUCAUACUGAAGCUAGUUUUGCAUGGCAAAUUUGUUACCUUACAUUCCAGUGCAGGCUGUAGGUUGUUUAUUUCAGUUAAGUAUAAUCAUCUUACACCUUCAAAAUUUUUUGUUUAAUUUGACCAUUUUAACUGUUUUAGCCAUGUCAAUCACCUGAAAGCAAACAGCCAUACUGACACAAUGGAAAUAACAGCAUGUAGUAAUUGUUCUUAAUGCCUGCACACCAUUUUCGCAUUAAAACUGAAGCAUAAAUGUACAAAUAAUGCUUAAAAUAAUGCUAAACUUUGAUGUUCAGUAAAUUUGAUUACUUUGUAUAUGCUUUACCAUGGUUCAAUGACUGAAUGACGCAUUCUUUCGGCAAUAUCGUUUUCCUUUUCGAUGUAAAUGUUUUUUUUUUUAAGCCUGAAAUGAUUUUCUUCUUUGGUGUUAGUAAUGGUGCUACCAGCUUCAGAAAGGCACUGAAGGAAAUGUCCUAGGUAUAACCAUUAAUCUAUCAGGCAAAGGAUAUUGUGUGUGUGCGUGUUUACGAUAAUUUAGCGUAUUGCAUAUACUUUUAUAUUUGUAUUGUGACUUUAAAUGGUACAUUAUUUAUUUUUAUACGUAUUCAUCAUAUUGGUUUUAAUCAGGCAUUCCUUGUGACAUGGGGUAUUCAAGGUCCUUAUACCAGCACGUUUAUUUCUGUUUCCUAAUUUAAUUUAUCAGAGUCUAUGGAAAUGACCUCACAUUUGGAAAGGACACACAUGCAUCCUAAACUGCUAUUUUACUGUAAUCGAAUAAUACAGUAAUUCACCGUUCUCUUGUGGAGUAAUCUGAUUGUUGGUGAAGGACACAUUAGAAUGAUGUGGUCAAUAUUCAUUAUGUAUUGCAUAACGUUAUACAGAGCAUUUUAUGUCCAAUAUUGGUUUGACUUUUGUACCGUCAACAUAAUUAACUGUAGACGUUGAAUAUUAUACAUUGAAUAAAAGGUAUAUUGCUGUGGAGGUUGCAUCACAUGACCAAGGUCAUAUGAUUUAUCAAUUCAAUGACAGUGAGAGUCUUCCAGCUCUAGGUUUGUCGUGGAAACUCAGCUGUAUGGUUUCUGGGUGGGUUCUACAUUUCCAUUGUUAUGAAUUAUGGGUACAGCUUUGGCAUUUCAUCAACAACUCUGCGUGGUACUCCUGUGUGAAAACAAAGACUGGUCCACCAUUCAAAACCAGGCAUUUUCCCAUUACAUACACACACAUAUAUAUAAUGCCAUGUAUCUGCCCAAUACACAAUUAUAGGCAAAUUCCAGAGUUUCAAACUGUUUUUUUUUCUUGGAGCAUUAAUAAAUCACCUGUAACUGUCUAGGAUAAUGAUAAAUCACCUACACAGACAUUUUUUUGUUGAGACAGUGGUUCUUCUGUUGUGUACUGAUUUCUCUUUUAUUUCAAUUUCAUUCUUUGUCUUGGAAUUGAAUGUAGAUUUUGAACUUGUCGAGGUACAGAUAUGUGACUCAGUAUUCAUUAAUGUGAGGGAAGAAAAGACAAACAUGGGAGUGUGUUGUACAUAUUUACCUGAUUACAUGAAUACCAUACAUUCUCAACUGCAGCUGCAUUUGUACAUACAAUUGUAAUUACAGUUGUGUUACACUCACUGUAUCAUUGUUUGGUGAAAAGGUAAUUGCAUUUGGUUGUGAAGGUUAGCUCUUACAAUUAAAGUCACCAGCCAAUUUGUUUGCUUUCUGGGCCUUUGUAAUUCUGGCUCCUCACAAAGAUCCAUCCUCAGCACAACCGAAUUUAAUUCUACGCCUUCCUUCACUGGAAUUUCCCUGAUGCAUUUAUUGAAUUGUCUGCCAGUCUUUCUGAACUUCACACCAAGUAAGGUCCCUGACAACCUCGGGGUAAUCUGCAUGACAAAAAUAGAGUUGUGUGUUGAAUUUUAUCACCGUUUGCCUACAAUAUGUUCCGCUGUUUCUAUGUGAGUCCCCUGCCACCACCCCCCUUCCAUUAACAUUAUAUAACGUUUUGUUAUAAUUCACUACUGCAGCAGAAUUUGAGCUGUCUGAUUUUUUCUCCAUUGGUGUUAUUCCUCUUAAUAGUAUUUCCUUUGGCAGUAAUCCAAAGCUCAGAAUUUGUAUUUAAUGUUGUCGUUCCCAAUGCUGUUCUCUGGCUGUGAACCUUGUGCAUGCUGGUACAUAUCAUCACACUGUAAAAUGUCCAUAUCCAGAGAUCUAUGGUGAGUAUUCAGACUUUUGAGUUCUCAGUUCAUAUAAAGUGCAUUCAGAGCUGAGGAUAAUGAUCUGUGAACUUAGUCUUGGCCACGUUGUUAGAGCUGAAGGCCACGCUGUGCAAACAAGGUGACACAUGAAUGUCAUUUUUCUGUCCAACGUAACUCUUUAAAAGUUUUGUUUUAGGGUCUUGGGUAGAGCACUCAGUUUAUUUUCCUUCUUUGUAUUUGGUUUAAUUUGUUAUCAACAUCCAUCUUUUUCGUUUUCAUUCUUAAUGUUUGUAUUUUUCGGUUUGCUGAUGCUUCCAGAUUUGGCAAUUAUUUCACAUUAUUUCAGAGGCAUUUCAUGAGGCUGUACUGUUGGAACCAAAUAAAUUCACUUUUACAUCUUUCAAA